AUGGCCGACAAAAAGAAGCUCCUCGAGUACAACGCGACGCCCCCGCCAGCAUCAAUCUGGCCCAAUGCCACCAUGCAAGCCGCGACGAUCCUCGUGCUCAUCUUCUCGCUCUACCUCCUGAGCGAGAGCGCCAAGACGCCGAACCACGGCGCCGUCUUCGACGACGACGGCGCCUACCCGGACGCGCCCAAGGGCCCGGCCUACCGCGGCGCCGUCGUCGACGGCGGCAGCGGCAAGACGGCCGUGUCGCUCUACGAGUGCGCGCUCGUCGACACGGGCUGCGCCGCCGGCUCGGUCCGCGAGCUGCCCGGCGGCGCGCGCUUCAAGGCCGACGUCGCCGCCGUCGCCGCGACGCCCUAUGCGUACGACGGCUACCUCGACGAGGUCUCCGCCGCCGUCGGCCCCGGCGACUUCUCGCUCAGCGUCGGCCUGACGGGCGGCGCGCGCGCGGCGUUCGCGUCCGGCGCGCUCACGUCGCGGCUCGUCAACGACUUCUUCGCCGCGAUCAAGGCGCGCUUCGCGACCGUCGCGACGCUGGAGGUGCUGUCCGGCGACGACGAGGCGGAUCUGGAGCACGCCGCGGGCGUCUACGCGGCCUCGCUCGUCGGCGUCGACGACGCGACGACGCUCGCGACGCUGAGCGGCGGCGGCCUGAGCGCGCAGGUCACGGCGGGCGACGAGGUGGCCAGCCUGGACCUGGACCUCUUCGCGGCGCAGAAACGGGCCGCGGAGACGGGCGACGAGGCCGAGCUGGCCAAUUGGCGAAACCUCGUCGACGCGGAGAUCGAGAAGAAGAUCGCGGGCACGCCCCUCGAAGCGGCGCUCGCGCGGGCCGAGGUCGCCCUGGGCCUCAGCAUGCACGCGACGGCGGCGGCGACGGCCGGCGUCGCGGGGACCUUCAAGAAGAAGGCGAAAGCGAUCGGCAAAAUAGAAGAGCUCGUCCGCGACGCGACGAGCGACGGGCCGGCGUGGCGGUCGCGCGCGGAGACCCUCCCGAACCCCUACGGCCUCGACGACGCGACGCUGCGCCGGGCGACGCUCUACGCGGCCGCGCGCGCGGUGCGGAUCGCCGACCGCCUGCUGCCCGACGGCGCGCGCGUCUACUUCUCCCGGACCUACGGCGCGCCGCCCGUCACCUGCGACUGGUCCCUCGGCAUGUUCCUCGACGCCGCGCGGCGAAAGGCCGCGGAGCUCGAAGACCGAAACGAGACGCGCACGAUGGCCACGGCAAUCAUAGAUGUGGUGACGACCCUCGGAAACACGCUGGGUCCCGCGGGCUACCGGCGCGUGACGACGGCGUCCGGCGGUCCCUUCGACCUGACGCGCGUGUCGACGUCCCUCGGCGGCUCCGUGUCGCGCGCGGGCGCGGUGUCCGCGACGGCCGUCUUUUUGUGGACGAAGCGCGGCGAAGCCGGCGGCGGCGCGGUCACGGGCGUGCGCCUCGUCGGCGACGGCGCGUCGCCCGGCGAGGCGAGCGACGAGUUCGGCGUGGGCGUCGGGAGCGAGCGCCUCGUGUUCAGCCGCGGCGCGGGCCGCGCGGUGUCGGAGCUCGUCGGCGAGCUCGAGGCGGGCGACGGCUCCGACGGCCGCGAGCGCGUGCGGCUCGGCUCCGGCGCGGCGCUGCGCGUGGCCCGCGUCGGCGACGCCGAGGCCGACGCGCCCGGCGCGGCGCCGCGCGCGGCGGCGGCGAGCGGCGCGGGGCCCGCGGCGCGCGAGGCCGCGGAGCUCGAGGACGAGCUCGUGCCAGGGCAGCAAAAGGGUGAUUCAACGCUCGUGCGCCGCGAGCUCUCGGCCGCGAAAUGCGACGACGAGGCCUGGUGGGAGGGGCGCUUCGAGCCCGCGCUCGAGAAGCUCCUGUUAGCCGCGCGGCGCGACGCCGACGGCGCCCUCGGCGCGCGCGCGCACCGCCUGCUGCGGCGGACGCUCGAGGCGCUCGCGCGGCGCCUCGCGGACGCGUCCAGGCCCCUGGCCCCGGCGACGACGCGCAUGCUCGCCCUGGCGCUGACGACGGGCGCGGGCGUCGCCGCGCGCCGCGCGGAGCUGCGGCCCGCGCCCGCGCCGUCCGCGGCGCCGCCGCCGGGCGCGGCGGCCGCGCGGACCGCGGACCGGCAGCCGGCGCCGAAGCAGGCGGCCUUCUUCGGCCGCUUCGGCGGCUCCAAGGCCGCGCGCGGCAAGGCCGGGUCGCGGUCGUCGUCGUCGGACGCGUCGACGGCGGGGUCGCUCCUCGGCGCGGCCGCGGACGGCGCGGCGCUUCAGCGCGGAUUCCGACCCGACGAACCGGACGAGUGGGCGCCGCCGCUCGAGCCGCUGCUCGGGGGUUUACUGGAUGACGUCGGCGGGGCGACGCCGCGGAACCCGCUCCGGGGCGGCCGCGCGCGGCGGACGAAGGCGCUCUGGCCCCUGGACGAGGGCAGCGAGAGCGAGGGCGAGGGGCCCGGCGACCGCCUCGACGACGCGUUGGGCGCGGACCGCGCGGCGCUCCUGCGCUUCGCGGAGGCGUCGAAGCAGCCGGGCGCCUCCUUCGCGGCGCGGCCGGACCCCGACGGCGACGACGGCCGCGGCGCGGGCGUGCUUCUAGAUCACUUCGCGCGCGCGGGCGGCGUCGACGCUCUCGUCGCGCGGCUCUCGCCCGCGGGCAAGCGGCCCCUCGACGUGCUCGUGCUCCGGCGCCUGCUCGGCGCGUUCUACGUCGGCGCGGCCAAGGCGGCGCCGACGAUCCCGCCGGCCUUUGGCGGCGUCGUCGCGCGCGCGGUGCAGCGCGCGGGGAACGCGCGGAUCCGAGCGCUCGCGGCCGAGGCGCCGCAGCACCGCCACCGGCGCUACGCGGAGGCCGACGGCCGCUGGGACUUUGGCGAAGCUUUGGCGGGCGCGCGGGAGAAGCUCUGUUUGGUCGUCGGCGCGCUCGCGCGCGACGCGUUCCUCGGCGGCGACGUCCACGAGUCGCUCGACUCGCCGGCGACGAUGGGCGACCGGUCCGCGUCGCAGUCGAGCUUCGCGUCGCUCGGCGACGGCGACGGCCGGCGGAGGCGGAGCCCGGCGACGUCCUGGAAGGCCCACGUGGCUUCUUAUUGGAACGGCGCGCCCGCGGGCGACCAGCCGGCGGACGCGGGCUUGGACGCGCGGCACCGCGCGCUCCGCGCGUCCGCGGAGCGGCUCCAGGUCGACGUGGCCUACGUGGCCUUCGCCGACGCGGCGCGCCCGGCGGCGGAGCGCCUCGCGGGGCUCGAGGGCCUCGGCGCCGUCGCGCGCGGCGUCGACGAGACGGGCGCGUUCCAGCUCGGCGCCGGCGCCGACGGCGCGCCGCCGCCGCGGCCGCCGCCGCCCUGGGCGUCCGGCCGCGGCGACGCGCGCUGGGAGCUCGGCGAGCAGGCGCUGUCCAUCUGGCUCGCGAAGCGCGACGUGCCCGGCGCCGUGACGAAGCUCGCGCGGGGCGACCGCGACGCGCUCGACCGGGGCGGCGCGGUGCUCGCCGUCGCCGCGCGGCGCGGGCCCUUUUCGCCGAAGCUCGUCGAGGACCUCGCGGCGCUCGCCAUCGCCGACGCCGACGACGAGGCCGUCGACGCCGGCCCGGAGGUCGCCGACGGUGCGCCGCGGCCGCGCGGCGCGCGGGCGUGGGGCGCGUCGCCCGGCGGCCGCCGGAGGUCCCGGGGCGCGUCGGGCCGGCGGUCUGCCUCCGGCGACGCCGUCGCGCCGCCGAGCUCCUGGCGCAUCUUCGUCGCCCUCGCCGCGCGCCUGCCGCCGGACCUCGUCGCGCGCCAGCGCGACGCGCUCCGGCGCGCGUUUUCGGACGGCGGUCCGACGCCGCGCCGCGCGGACCUCGUGGGCCGCUUCGCGGCCGUCGCGGCCGUGCGCCUGCGCGCCGUCGCGUCGCCCGACGAGCCGGCGAGUCUCGAGGCGACGCUCGACGGCGGGCUGGCCCUGCUCUGGCGCUGGGCGGCCGCGGCCCACGCGCCGGGCCCCGGCGACGCGGGCGCGGCGCGCGCGGGCCGCGCGCUCUCCGCGCUCCUCCACGGGCCGCCGGAGCCGCUGGAGCGGUCGAGCGUGCUCUGCUGCGAGCUCUGCGUGGACCGCCUCAAGGCGCCGGCGCAAUCGGACGACGACCGGCGCGCCGCGGCGCGCGCCGCGGCGCUCCUGGGCGACCUCGCGACGGUCGGCGACGGCGGCGGGCCGGGCCCGGGCGACCCGGCCCUGGGUUUUAGGGGAGGCGGGACCAUGGUCGAGGUGCGCCGCGCGCGGCGCGUCCACGUCGAGCACCGGCGGGGCGCGUCGCUGCUCGCCGCGGCGCUCGACGCCGCGGAGGCCGAGAAGGCCGCGGGGGGGCCCGCGUACCGCGCGGCGCUGGACCUCGCGCUGGCGCUGGCGUCGGACGCCCUCGUCGUCGUCAACUCGCUGCAGCACGCCGUGCCCCUGAAGCUCUGCGACGCCGCGGACGUCGCGCGCGCGCGGCGCGACGACGGCGACUUCGUCGCGUGGCUCGCCGCGGCCGCGGAUCGCCUCGCGCUGGACCCGGGCGCCGCCGAGGCGGCGCUCCUGGAGCUCGCGCGGGGCAAGGUGCGCCUGCGGGGCGUCUGCGCCGCCGCCGUCGCGCUCUUCGAGCUCGCGGACGGCCGGAGCCGCCGCGACGGCUACGGCGGCCGCGUCGCCGCGCUCGUCGACGUCUGGCUCGUCGCGGCGCGCGGCGACGAGCCCUGGGGCGAGCGGUCCGCGUCGCUCCUGGCCAAGGUCUGCCGCGCGGGCGGGCCGACGCGCGCGGCCGUCGUCGGCCGCUGCGUCGACGCGGCGCGCGCGGGCGACGCCGCGGCCGCGCGGCGCGCGGCGCGCGUGCUGCGGCGGGCCCUGGGCGGCGGGGCGGCGCCGCCCUGGCCCGCGGCCGCGCCGCCGCCGGGCGCGCCGGCGGACGGCGAAGAAGAAGGCGAGAACGCGGCCUGGGCCGCGCUCGACGGCGUCGACGCCGGCGGCGACGCGGCGGCGCUCCUCGCGCGGCUGCGCGUCGCGUCGGCCCUCGCCGCGGGGUCGCCGGCCUGGAAGCGCACGCUCGGCGACCGCGGCGCGCUCCGCAGGGUCGGCGCGCUGCUCGAGCCCCUGCGGUCGCGCGGCGACGCGGCCGCCGCGCGCGCGCUCCGCGCGGCGCUCGGUCUCCUCCUGGACCUCCUGUCGUCGGAAAACUCGCCGCCGGCGACGGGCGCCCACCUCGGCGACGACCUCGGGGGCCUGCUCGACGCCCUCCUUGAGAUCGCGGCGACGCGGCCGCGCGUCGGGGGCCUCGCGGCGCGCGCCGUGCUCGCGCUCGCCGCCGCGGCGCCCGGCGCGGUCGCGGGCGGCGGCGAGGCGCCGGCGGGGUCGUCGCCGUCGGACGUGACGCCGAACCUCGGCGCCCUGGACCGGACCCGCGACGCCGCGGCCGCGACCGACCGCCUCGCGGCGGCCGUCGCGUCGGACGCCUUCGGCGCCGCGUUCGCCGCGUGUCUCCUCCCGCGCGCCUUCGACGACGACGAGCCGGCGGCGCCGCGCCGCGCGCGCGAGCGGCGCGCGCUCCGCGGCGACGCGCUGCGCCUCGCGCGCGACGGCGACGGCGCGGCCGCGCCGCUCGCGACGCGGCUCCUCGAGGCGCUGCGCGCGGACGACGCGGCGGACGCCCUCGCGCCGGAGCCCCACGCGCGGGCGUUGGAGCUCGCGGCCCAGCUGCUCGACGCCGCGCGCUGCGCGGCGCCGGCGGGCGCCGUCGACGCGGUCGCGCGCGCCGUCGCGGCGCGCGCCGCGGACGACGCCGCGCGGCGCGUCGACGCGGCCGAGCUCGCGGAGCCGGCGGCGCUCGACGACGACUCGAGCGACGGCGAGUCCGGCGCCGCGGCGACGGCCCUGGCGGCGCACCUCGCGCGGGUCUGCGAUCUCGACCUCGCGGGCGCCGCGGCGCCCGCGGCGCCGGCGCCCGUCGCGCGCGGGCCCGAGCGCGACGACGCGCUCCACGCGCUGUCGGCGCUCUGCGACGUCGACAGCGGCGCCUUCUUCGCCGUCGCCGAGGCGGCGCUGCGGCUCCACGGCGACCCGGAGGCCGGCGACGACCUCCGGGACCCGGAGUCCGUCGCCGCGCGCCUCGAGGCCGCGGACGUCGUCCGCGCGCCGCACGCGCUGCCGCCGCCGGCGCCCCAGGGCCUCGCGCCGCGCGACGACGGCGCCCUGCGCCCGACGUCCGGGCCGUCGCCGCCGGGCCCGCCGCCGCCGGGCCGCGCGCUCCAGGCGCCGCCGCCGACGCAGUUCGUGUCGCCGCGCGCCGCGGCGUCCGCGGCGGGCGGCGCGCCCGCGGCGACGGCGACGACGACGGUCGUCGCCAUCCCGCCGCGGCGCGGCGACGAGGGGCUGGCGGGGUUGGAGAAUCUCGGGUGCACGUGCUACCUCAACUCGACGCUCCAACUUUUGGUGUCCGUGCGGUCGUUCCGCGCGGCGGCCUUCGCGCUCGACGCGAAGCAGCAGGGCCUCGCCCGCGAGCUCCAGUUACUCGUGACGCGGCUCCAGAUGCGCGACGCGUCGACCGUGAGCCGGCGCGACUUCUGCGCCCACUUCAAGAACUGGGACGACGAGCCCGUCGACGUCCGCGUGCAGCAGGACGCGUCCGAGUUCCUCUCGAAUUUAUUUACCCAGGUCGAGCGCCUCGCGCUGGCGCCGGGCGACGGCGCCGUCGCCGCGCCGGAGGCGGAGGAGGCCGCGCCGACGGCGGCGUCGCGCCUCGAGCGGGCCUUCGGGGGCGUCUUCGCGCACGAGUUGGUUUCCGUACGCGACCCCGCGGGCAACUCGAGCCGCCGCGACGAGCCCUUCUACAUGCUGAGCGUCCAGGUCAAGGACCGGCGGCGUUUGGAGGACGCCCUCGAGGCCUUCGUGAGCCCGGAGCUCGUGGACUACUCGUGGCGCGACGGCGGGCGCCGCGAGAAGACGUCGAAGCGCGCGUCGAUCAAGCGCUGCCCGAACCUGUGCCCGAACCACCUGCUGCUCCACCUCAAGCGCUUCGAGUUCGACCUGACGACGCUGAGCCAGCGCAAGAUCAACUCGCGCUUCGAGUUCCCGGCGGUGCUGGACCUGGCGCCCUACGUCUGGCGCGGCGACGCGCAGCGGACGCCGUCGCGGCCCGACGCGGCGGCCGCCGCGGCGCCGCCGCCGCUGGACCUCGGCGCGCCGGCGGUGAAGCGCGGCGACGAGGGCUACGACAGCGACGCCGACGACGCGGACCGCGACGCGCGCGACCGCGACCGCGUGGGCCGGGGCGAGCCCGUGCUCUACGACCUCGGCGGCGUCGUCGUCCACAGCGGCAACUGCAACUCGGGCCACUACUACAGCUUCGUCCGCGAGCAGGGCGGCGACUGGUUCGAGUUCAACGACGCCCACGUCGCGCCCUUCGACGCGCGGGACCUCGGCGCCGAGUGCUUUGGGGGCGCGGAGCCGCGCGCGCCGGCGGCGCGCGGCGGCGGCCUCGACGAGCUCCGGCCGUUCGCGAACGGCGGGCCCCAGCUCCAGCGCGAGCGCACGCGCAACGCCUUCCUGCUGGUCUACCACCGGCGGGGCUCGAAGCAGGCGCCGGAGGCCGCGGCGGCGCGCCGCGACGGCGACGGCGGCGCACCGCGGCGCCGCGAGAGGCGCUGGGACGGCCUCGUGCCGCCGCCGCGGACCGCGCUCGACCGCAUGAACCGCGAGAACGCGGCCCUGCGCCGCGCGCGGGCGGCCUUCGACGAGGGCGCCGUCGCUUUUGCGGCGCGGCUCGUCGUCCACGGCCUGCGGCCGAGCCCGUUCGACGACGCCGCGCGCGACGCGCGCGCCGCGGUCGCCGCCGCGCGGCUCGGCGGCGUCCUCUGCGUGCGCACGCUCGCGCGCGCGCGCACGGACGAGUCCGCGGCCCUGCUGGCGCGCUGCGCGUCGGCCCUGGCGACGGCGCUCGCCGGCGGCGGCGAAAACGCGCGCGCGGCGGCGCGCGCGGUGCUCGGCGACCUCCGGGCCGCGGCGCCGGGCCUCGACCGCGCGCUGCGCCGGGCCGCGGCGCACCCCGACGACGCCGCGCGGGAGUCGCUCUGCGGCGUCUUCGCCGCCGCGCUCGCCGCGUUGGAAGGCGAGCCGGAGUUCGCGGACGCGGGCGGCGCGCUCGUCCGCGCCGCGCGCGAGACGCCGCCGCCGGCGCCGCGGCGCCGCGGCGCGGACUACGAGCGCUGCGCGGCGCGCGCCGCCUGCGACGUCCUCGCGCUCGUCUGCCGGUCUUCGGCCGGCGCGGGCGCGGCGCUCGCGCGGCUCGAGGUGGGGGACGAGUCCGGGCUCGAAGCCACCAGGACCGCCGUCGACGCGAUCGCCGCGGGCGUCGCCGAGGCCGCGGGCGACGACCCCUUCCGCACGGGCGCCGACGACGGCAAGGUUUCCGUGCCGUCGGCCCACUCGUUGCGCAAGCUCCUCGACGCGGCGCCGUUCCUCGGCGGGGCCUUCGCGCCCAAGGCGGAAGCGCUCGCGCUGCUGCUGGAGCGCGCGGCGCCCGACGACGCGAAAAAGGCCCUCGACGCGCUGACGGGCGCGCAGGUCGCGGCUUUAGCCUACGGCGCCGCGUCGCUGCUGGACCGGGGGCGGCACAGCCGCCGGGGCUCGGACGAGCAGCGGCGGCGGUCCGCGGCCGCGCGGUCGGUGCUCGAGGCCGUCGUCGCGAACGACGCGCCGCGGAGCGACGUCGUGUUAGCCGCCCUCGCGGCGUCCUUGGAGCGCGCGGGCACGGCGCGGCCCGACGAGUCGAGCGACAGCGACGACGGCCGGGGCCCGCCGGGCGCGGAGCCACCGCCCCGCUACUACGGCGCGGGCCGCGCCUUACGGCGCGCGUGGCGCGCGCUCGGCGUCGUCCUGCGCGUCGACGACGGGCUGCGCCACUGGCGCGCGACGAAGGGCCUCGGCCGCGCCGUCGCCGUCGCGGAGCACGCCUUCGAGCGCGGCGCCAAGGAGGGCAAGGUCCGCGCGGCCGUCGAGGAGCUGCUCAAGCUGUGCAAGCGCGACGCGAAGGCGCGCGACUGGGCGCGGACCCACGCCCACGCCUGCGCCUGGCUCGAGACCUGGGCGUCGGGCCACGGCCCGCCGCCGGACCGGCCCGACGCCGCGCGCGGCGCGGGCGCGCUCUCGGGCUUCCACCGCGCGGCCGGCGGCGCCGCGGCGGCCCGGCGGCCCGGCGACGCGGCGCCGGGGCCCGACGGCGAGUGCGACGGCGACGCGCCGUCCUUCUCCGGCGCGGCCCUGGGCGCCUUCGGCGCCGUCGCGAGCGCCGCGCGCGCGCUCGCGUCCCACCGCGCGACGCCGCCGCCGCCGGACGACGGGCCGCCGCGCGACGACGGCGCCGCCGCGCCGCCGCCGCCGCCGCCGCCGCCGGCCUACCACGACGCCCGCCCGCCCGCCGCCGCCGCGGCGCCGCGGCGCCGCGCGAAGCAGCCGGACCUGCUCCACCGCGUGCGGACGCUCGCGAAACCGUCGAAGGGCGCGCCCGAGCCCUUCGACGCGCUCGCGCCCUACGACUCCGACGACGACCCCAACGUCCUCGUCGGCCGCCGCGUCGAGGUCCGCUGGGCCGGCGGCACCUUCUACUCCGGCGUCAUCAGCAACUUCGACGACCUCGGCCACCACGUCUGCUACGACGACGGCGACUCGCGCGUCUACUCCGACAUCCUCGCGAAGACGUUCCGGCUCCUCCAUGGAAUCGAUGCCUGGCGCAUGUCCGUCCAUGCCAUGGCGGAGUAUGGCGCGACGACGGACUGGAAAGCGCUCGCCGCCGUCGACGCCGGGGUCGCGUCCGUCGCGAACGCGAGCGGCGGCGUGGACUGGUCGCUGCCGGGCGCGCGCUACGCCGUCGCGCGCGCGCUGCUGCGGCGCGACUUUUGCGUCGCCUACGAGGCGUCGCCGCGGCACCUCGUGCCGUGCGUGCCGAACCGGCUCCGCUACCUGGCGUGGGUCGCGGCCGUCGCGGGCGACGACGGGUCGCGCGCGCUGCGCGCCGUCGACGUCGGCGCCGGCGCGUCGUGCGUGCUCGCGCUCCUCGCGGCGCGGUGCCGCGGCUGGCGCGUCGUCGCGUCCGAGGUCGACGCGGCGGCCGCGGCCGAGGCGCGCGCGAACGUGGCCCGGAACGCGGCCUGGGGCGCCGCGGACCGCGUCCGCGUCGUCGUCGUCGACGGCGCCGCGGCGCCCGUGUCCGCGGCGCUGGCCGCCGCCGGCGGCGACGACGCCUACGACGUCGCACUGACGAACCCGCCGUGGUUCGAGUCGGAGGAGGCGCGCGCCGCGGCCGCGGGCGGCGCGACGCGCGCCGACGGCGUGACGGCGGCCGCGACGGCGUCCGAGGCCGUGCACGAGGGCGGCGGCGAGGUCGCGUUCCUGCGGGCCAUGGUCGCGGACUCCGUCGCGCUCGGCGGGCGCGUCCGGUGGCACAGCGCGCUCCUCGGCCGCCGCGCGUCGCUCAAGCGCGCGCUCGCGGACCUACGCGCCGAGCCGCGGGUCCUCGACGUGCGGACGACGCGCUUCACGCUCGGCCAGACGACGCGCUGGGCCGUGGCCUGGACGACGUGCGCGGCGCCCGGGGCCGCGCCCGCGGGCGACAAGGUCUUCGGGGCCAAGAAGGCGCGGAAGCGGGCCGAGAGCCGCGCGCCGCGGGUCCUGCGCGUCCCCGCGGCCUGCGACGCCGCCGAGCUCCGCGACCGCGUCGCCGCGUUCCUCGCGUUCCACAGCCCCGCCGCGGCCGUCGCCGACGCGGCAGCGGACGACGACCUCUUCGCCGUCCGCGCGGCGGGGCCCGGCCUCGACGUGACCGUUUCCGCGACGUCGCAGGCCGCGGGCUUCGCGCUCCGCGUCGCCGCCGCGGACGCGACGCCGACGGACGCGAUCACGCGGCUCUGCGACGCGCUCCCCGGCGAGGUCGCGCGGACGAAUCGGCGCUGGCGGCGCAAGCUUAACGCGAAGGCCCCGCACGGCACGAUGAUGCGCGCGCUGCUCGUCGUCGUCGUCGCGGCGCGCGCGAACAUGCUCUCCGAGAUGACGAGCUUCCUCGACUCGGCCGUCGUGCCCGACGGCGCGCCGUCGUCGCCGGGCGUGUCCGUCGUGCGCAAGCAGCCGCCCGCGGCCGCGCCGCCGCCGCCGGCCGCCGCCGCGCCGCGCGCGAGGACCAGAGCCACCUCCACGUCCGAAGCCAAGAAGACGCGCGUCGUCUUCGUCAAGACGUACAAGACCGGGUCGACGACGGUGUCCGAGUUCCUCGCGGCCGUCGGCUACGACCUCGGCCUGCACGCGCUGCACCCGCGCGACGGCGGCAACUUCCGCGCGGGCGAGCUCGCGCGGCGGGGCGCCGCGGGCGAGCGCUACCACCUGAGCUACCGGCACCCGACGCCGCGCCUCGACGUCGCGAGCCUCGGCGCGCUCGUGCCCGACGCGUACUGGUGCACCAUCAUGCGCGAGCCCGUGAGCCGCUUCGUGUCGACGAUGCUCUUCGUGAAGCGCGUCGGCGAGCGCUACGGCAACUCGCCGCCGAAGCUCGUCGCGGCGAUCCAGGCGCGGAAGCACGACGACGGCGAGGCGAACACGUUCUGCAACAACGUCGCCUGGGUGCUUUUAGGCGACGCGCGGAGCCUCGCGUACGGAAUCUCGGACGACGACGCGGCCGCGGCGACGGCGCGCGUCCGCGCGGAUUUGGACGGGCGGCGCGUCGACGUGCUCAUGCAGAAGGACAUGGCCGCGUCGCUGGCCCUCGUCGCGACGCGCAUGGGCUGGGACCUGGAGACGCUCCACGCGCGCGUCGGCGCGGCGCGCGCGACCAAAAAAACCCGCGCCGCGCCCAAGUGCGCCGACGACGCCUGCCGGCGGGCCGUCCUCUCCUGCAACGCCGUCGACGACGCCCUUUAUAGCCACUACGAGGCCGCCUUCGACGCCGAGGUCGCGCGGCUGCGCGGCGACGCGGCGUUCGCGAGGAACCGCGCGGCGCUCGACGGGCCGCCGCCGUCGCGGCCGCCGCCCUUCGCCGCGAAGUACCCGAUCAACUGCCAGCAGCCCAACACGGGGCCGCCCGAGCGCAAGCGCUGGAAGCUCCUCAACUCGUGCGGCGGCGCCGAGCCGGCGACGCUCGCCUCGACGGUGACGGGCGCCGACGCCCCGCCCAUGUCCGUGGCGACCCAGCCCGGGUGCACGACGCAGGACGCGACGCCGAGCUCGCGCCAGCCUUUGACGGACUCGCGAAGUCAGGCCGGAAUCGUCGUCUGGCUGCUCUCGCGAUGCGUCCAUUCCUUCGGCCUGUUCGACCGCCGCGGGUCGCAUUCGAUAACAUCGCUGCGCUACGGCGGGCCGCGCUUGACCAAGACGACGGUGCGCUGCAACGGAGGAGCGGCAGCAACCACCGAUGACGACAGGGACGGCGCAGCGCGAGCCUACGUCGCAACGUCCGCCGGCGUCGCGGCGGUCAUGAGCUUCCAGGCCGGAUCGCUGGCGGCGCGCGGCUGCGGAUCGGUCACGGCGCUCUCCUGCGGCGUCGUCGCGGCCGCGGCCACCGGCGCGCUCGCGGCCCGGUCGCCGUCCGAGGCGCGAGGGAAGCUCCCGGCGGUCCCGUUCGUCGCGCAGGCGCUGCUCGGGGCGGUCCUGCCGCACCUCGCCUUCUUCGCCAUCCCGCGCGCGGGCCUCAGCGUGGCCAACUGCCUGAUGUUCACGAUGCCUCUGUGGACCGCGCUCUUCGCGAGCCUCGCGUCCGCGACGUUCACGCGAAGAGACGCGGCCGCGUCGGCGACGUGCCUGGCCGGCGUCGUGCUCGUCGCGCGGCCCUGGGCGGCCGCCCGCGGUUCGUUGGCCGGCUGCGCGGCCGCGCUCGCCUUCGGGAUUUGCGGCGGAGCGCUCAACGUCCUCGUCCAACGAACGUCGCUGAAGGACGCGAGCCCAGACCUGCUGACGUGCUCGCAGAUGGCCGUGACCGCCCUCCUCGGCCUCUGGAGCGUCGACGCGGGGCUCAUCCGCGGCUUCCUUCCGGGCCUCGCGGCGCUCGGUGUGCUGAUGGCCCUGCAGGCGUCGUUGAGAACGCGGGGCCUCCAGCUGACGCGCUCUCCGGCCGUCGCGACGCUUUUGUACUCGGAGAUCCUCUGGUGCUUCCUGCUGGACAUCGCCUUCCUCGGCGCGCGGCCGGCCGCGCUCCAGGUUCUCGGCGCGGCCCUCAUCGUCGGCGGCGCGGUCGUCUAG